CUGGACUUGUGAAUUACUUGCGACUGAACUGCGAAGAACUCGACUACCUCUCUGUUUGGUGCAGAAUGUUUUUGCCAGCAGUACGCAGAGUAUAGUGGUUGGCAUAGCCUUGAAAUUUGACCUAGAAGGGGUUUGGGUCAAGAAAUUUGAAAAACAGCUUACAAUAUUGAAAUCUCUCACAGCAGGCGCAGUGCUCAAGAAGCGUUUUGUUGGCAGCACUAUGGAGACAGACAGCUGGAGUUACAGCUUCCCAGACCUGGCUAAGGCCGAGGGCAAAAGCUCGGAGGAGGCUGACCACCACCCCCAGCAAGGCUCAGACCCCAACCUGCUGUCUGAUAGCUAUCAGGACAGGAUACCCAGGAAGGAGACAGGGAGUCUCUUAAGCGCCACCAACGAGCUGCAAGGAUCCAGCGGGCUGGUCCAUCAGCAGCUCCCUAUGAAACUCUCCAGCCUGGCGUCCACGCACCCCUCCUCCACGUCCGGCAGCAAACCCCAGCAGAUGAUCCCGACCAAAUUAUCCUCCCUCUCCAUGAGGAGCUCCUCCCCUUCCACCGCCACGCGGAACGGCAACCGGAUGUCCGCAGGGUCGGCCAAAUCCUACCAGGGCUCCAGCAAAAUGAACAGUAAGCGAGGCCAAGGGGCCGAGCAGGAUGUCAUAUUCUUCUGAAUGCAAGGAGGUUGACCAUUCCAAAUGCUUCGUCCGCUCCUGGUUGGUUGACUGACAAGCGAAACCACAGUACAAGCAAUAAUCUCACAAUCCAAGGGACAGA